CUGAACAGUAUUCUCUGAUGAGUGAAAUGAACUUAUUGUGUUGACACCUUUGAGCAACACUGUAAUUUAUUCAUAUGCACUAUUGUGUAUGUGUCUUUCCUUAUUUCCUUCCUUGUUUCUUUACAAGGUGUGAGGACAUGAACGCCGCAUCCGCAGUGGAAAACUUAACCCUGGACACAAAUCACUCAGAGUGUUAUUUGACUGAGAGUGCAUCCAGGAGGAAGCCCUUUCUGUUUUUCUACCUAGCUGUCUUUAUCACGUCUAUCCCGUCCAAUAUCUUCUCUCUUUACGUGGCCUGGCAACAUAUUAGGCAGAAGAAUGAGCUUGGCGUGUAUCUAUUCAACCUGGCCCUGAGUGACCUGACCUUCACCCUCGGCCUCUCUCUGUGGAUGGACUUCCUGUGGAGAGGAGUUUGGGUACACGGAGGCUAUGUCUGCAUGCUAUCUAUCUUCAUUCUCUUCACUAACUUUUACACCAGCGAUGCUCUCCUCUGCUGCAUUGCUAUUGACCGCUACCUGGCAGUGGUUCACCCACUGAAGUACGCUUUCUUGAGGAAAGUUGACACUGCAGCAGUGGUCAGCAUUGCCAUUUGGGUGGUGGUGGUCUGUUUUAACGCCGCCACAAUCACCUGGGAGGACACAUACCAUGAAAACAACAACCUUUCGGUGUGCUUUGAUAUGUUUCUCCCAAUCUCUGAGAAUUUAUUUCGGGUUAAUUUAGCACGCUUCUUCAUGGGCUUUAUUGUUCCCUUUCUCUUGGUGGUGUUUUCCACCUGGGGGAUCUGUGAGGCGGUGAAAUCCAACCAGGCCACAGAGGAAGAGGAACGCAGACGGGUUUCGAGGCUGCUGACAGUCGUUCUGCUCUGCCUUUUGCUUUGCUUCGGACCUAUCCAUGUCAUCAUGCUUCUCCAAACACUGGUGGAUGACUGCAGGAGUUUUGCAUGGCUAAUCUAUCUAGAUAAGAUCAGCGUAGCUAUCUCAAGCCUCAACUGCCUUGCAGACCCUCUGUUUUACUGCUUCAUUACCAGAACAGGGAAAGCAAAUGCCAAACAGGUUGUGCUCUUCUUCCAGGUCAAGAAGAGAAGCAAAGAUGAAGGUGUGGUGUAAGCUAAA